AUGGAACAAAAGCCGAGUACUUCUUCAAUUCCUUCCAAACCCCUACCUCCAAUGGUUGCUGUGGCUGGACAUGCUUCUUUAUUUAAUAAAGCCAAAACGGCAGCAAUGUCCAGAAUUUCUGGUGUUCAAAGACUAAGAAGUAGCCAAUUUGGACCUCACCACGGAUGCCCUCCCGAAUUUGGAGUUCCCUGCAAAAAAGAGAUUGAAGUUUAUAUGCAAAGGAUAAAUGAUUGGGGAGUUAAUAUCUUCAAAAUGCAUGAGUUAUCAAAACAACAUUCAUUAACAUCAGUUACCUACACUUUAUUGAGAGAAAGGAAAAUGUUAUUUAAAUUUGAAAUUCCUGCAAGCACUUUAGUUAAUUAUUUACUACAUUUAGAACAUCAUUAUCGUAGUAAUCCAUAUCACAAUCAAAUACACGGGGCUGAUGUUGCACAAUCUAUAAGUGUGCUAAUUUCCUCACCAGCAUUGGAAGGUGUUUUCUCUGAUUUGGAAGUUUUGGCAGCUAUUUUUGCUUCAGCAAUCCACGAUGUUGAUCACCCAGGCUUUACUAACCAAUAUUUAAUUAACACACAAAGUGAACUGGCAAUUAUGUAUAAUGAUGAAUCUGUGCUUGAACAGCAUCAUUUGGCUGUAGCUUUUAAAUUACUUCAAGACAGGGACUGCGACUUUUUGCAGGGACUUACAAGAAAACAAAGACAAAGUUUUAGAAAAAUGGUGAUAGAAAUGGUGUUAGCUACAGAUAUGUCCAAACAUAUGAGUUUAUUAGCUGAUUUAAAAACAAUGGUUGAGGCUAAAAAAGUUUCUGGAACAGAUACUCUUUUAGACAAAUAUCAAGACAGAAUACAGGUUCUUCGUUCUGCUAUUCAUUUAGCUGAUUUAUCAAAUCCUGCAAAGCCAAUUGAUAUUUAUAGGCAGUGGAAUGAAAGAAUUUUGGAAGAAUAUUGGAGACAGGGAGACAGAGAAAAACAGCUUGGACUUGAAGUCAGUCCAAUGUGUGAUAGAGGUAAUGUAACUGUAGAAAAAUCUCAAGUUGGAUUUAUUGAUUAUAUUGUCCAUCCAUUAUUUGAAACUUGGGCAGAAUUAGUACAUCCAGAUGCUAAUUCAAUAUUAGAUCAAUUAGAAGAGAAUAGACAAUGGUAUUUGGCUAGAAUGGAAGAAGAAGAGGAGGGAGAAAAUGGAGGAGAAGAAGGGGAAGGAGAACAAAAAAUAAUUUUAAAGGAAAAGCCUCCAUUACCUCAACAACAACAACCAUUUUUUCUAAGUAAAGAAAGAGCAGCAAUGAGACAAACACAACCACCAGAAAGUUGUUUUAGUACAAUUAGUAGAAGUUCAAGUAAAAUAUCUAAUCCUCCUCGUCCACGUGCUGCAACUACAACUGCUGUUAUAUUACCCGAAACUGCUGAUAUUAAUAUUAGUGAUCAAAGGCAUUAAAAUAAAAAAAUAAAAGAAGGCAUUAAAAAUCAAAAUAAUAUUAAAUACUAAUAAUUUUUCCUUUAACCCUUUUUUUAAAGAAAUUUUUUAAUUACUUUUUUUUGUUAGUUUGUGAUUCUCUAAUUUUUAGGAAAAUAUUUCACAAACAAACAAAAAAUUUUUUUAUUGUAUAUCGGGUUUUUUUUCCUCUUCCCCCCUUUUAUUCAUCUCUUUAUUAAGGAGACACUACAAAAUGAUAUUUUUUAACAAUUUUAUCCCAAUUUUCUUUUCUAUCUCACAGAUUAAAUUAAAUAUUAUACCCAAUAAAUCACCCUUAAACAUUAUUUAUGGUGCUCCCCUUCUCUCAUUUU